GGUGAUAACCAGACCAGAUUCUUUAUAAUGUGGACACCCGAUAAUUACAGAACUGGUUGCUACAACCUCAACUGUGAAGGUUUUGUGCAUACAUCCUCAGAUAUCGCCAUUGGUUGCAAUUUCACAGAACUUUCCGCUUUCAAAGGAGAUCAAAAAGAUGUCACCUUUAGUAUACACAAGGACCAAAAUAGUGGAAAUUGGUGGGUGCAAGUACAAGGUAUUCCUGUGGGAUAUUAUCCAAGUUCUCUUUUUACCCAAUUAUCAAAGACAGCCACAGGAAUAGAUUUCGGUGGAGAAAUCUUUAAUCAAAGAUGGAAAAAUCGACAUACUACGACUCAGAUGGGUAGCGGUCAUUUCCCUUCAGAAGGAGGUUUAGGAAUAUCCAGUUAUUUUAAUUAUGUCCAAGUAGUCGAUGAAAACAACGAAGCCAGAAACCCCAAAGAUGUUAUGUCGGUUGUAUCGAAUCCAAAUUGCUAUGAUUUAAAAAUUGAUGAAAACCAUAAAAACGGUUACGGUUUCUAUUAUGGAGGUUCUGGUAAUAAUGAUAAUUGUCAGUAA